AGAGGCCGAAGGGGACAUCCGGCGAAGGAGCCUACUACCGGUGGCUGUGGGGCGCGCGCGAGUGAGGGAAUCACGUGGGGCGAUGGAGCGUGAGGCUCAUGGCGGUUCCAGCUUGACCAAGCUUUCGCCGCCUCUUCGUCUUCCCCUGUCCCGGCUGGGUCUUAGGAAGCCUCUGCAGAAAAUGAAAAUGGCGACAAAUGAAAGCAUUGAAAAGCAGGUAGCAAGGAGGGUGAUUCACCGUGAAGGAGCUUCUAGCAGAAGACAGGAACCAAAGAAUUCAAAAGGGCCAAGGAAGAAGGGCAUCUACAUUGGGAACCUUCCAUCCGAGAUUGCGGAGGAGCAGGUCCAGAAGCUGUUUGCUGCAUUUGAGCCUGUGACAGUUCGCAAAAUAGUGUCAGGGCUGAAGUGCUACGCCUUUGUUGACGUAGGGGAUGCUGAAAAUGUAGCGCUGGCUAUCAGUCACUUGAACAACACCAUCUACAAUGGGCGACGCCUGGUCGUGAGAGAGCUGUGCGAGUCCCGGGGCAGUGAAAGAUGGACAGAAACAACAGAAGUUGAAUUGCCGCCUCUGGAGAAAGUUGACAAAGACCUCAGUCUAGGUAACAAAACCUUGUGUAUCUCUCGGACAGUUAAAGAUGGAAGUCAGAUCAGCUACGCGAUCCCUUUAGAGAUGAGGAGUUUGACCUUGGUGCAGAUGCUGACCAACUGUUUCAAGGACGUUGGCUGGAUGGCAGAGAGCAUAAAGGUGCACGGGGACGUUGGGCUGAUGGUCAUGGACACAUUCCCCCACAUGCCUUAUUUCUGGGCCAUGAACUUGACUCCGGAGACCUACGUGAAGAUGUGUCAGCUGUUCAACACACUCUCUGUGGUCACCCAGGAGCAGCCCUUCCUCAAGGAAGAGGAGGUACGGAGGGGUCAGCGCUGUGUGGCAGAGUUCCCAGGAGAGGGCGGAGAAUGGAACAGGUGCUGGAUCGUGGAUGUGGUGGAGAGUCAGGUCAUCCUAUUUUACGUGGAUUCAGGAAGUACAGCCUGUGUCCCAGCAUCAUCCGUGAAAUCUCUAGAUAGCGAUGAGUUCUGGGCCAUCCCGCCUCUUGUUCAGCCCUUUGUCCUACAGCAAGGUGUGAUGGGCAAUCGCAAGAUGGACGGAAUCAUUCUGAAAGGAAGGAUUGUUGGAUUCCACGAGGCAGAGCCUCACAUCCUGAGAUUCUCCAUCACAGAUGAGGACUGAAGGCAGCCUAGUCACACGGGAACAAACCUGAACACUGGCGAAAACAAAAAUAAAGUUUAAUUGUCACAACCAGAUUAUAUGCUAAUCGACCACCGAUCUUUAGAGCUCUGAGCUGUAGAGGGAUAGGGAAGGGGGAAUAAUUGCCACAGCACUGAA